ACCAAUGGGGCUUUGGUUUGCAAUGUUGAGGGUCUGAUUUGAACCUAUCCUGGGAAAUGGGGUUUUAGUUUGCAAUGUUGAGUGUCUGAUUUGAACCUGUUGGGUAUGCUAACAGGUUUGAGCAUUGGGCUAUGACUCUGGAGAUCAGAGUUUGAUUCCCUACAUUACCAUGAAACCCACUGGGCAACCUUGGGAGAGUCACAGGCUCUCAACCCCUGAAAACCUUGUGAUGGGUUUCCCUUAUGGUUGGUCACCAUAAGUUGGAAUGACUGGAAGGCAUAGAAGCAACAACUUUACCAGACCAGAGGAAAACACAGGGCAUUUGUACAGUAAUUAGCACCUCACCACACAGCUAAUUAAGAGAGAGUGGAUUGCAGAAGGUCCAAGUUCAGAAAAGAGAUUUCCAUCAGCAGAUAUGCAUCUCCUGCAAAUCAAGGUUUCUCCUUGUAUUUGUCCUUGUGUCAAGAAGCAGCAGCACCAGAGAAAGCAUGGAACAGGACCGAUAGGAGACAAGGAGACAAACACAGAGUCAAGGAGAAGUCGGUGUACAACUACAGACUCCGACAGGAGUUGGCGCACAACCACAGAGUCUGACAGGAGUUGGCGCACGACUACCAAUUCAGAAAGGAGGAUUCUACGCUCAACAUCCAACACCUCCAUGGAGUCAGUCAUCUCCCUCUGCAGCUGGAUUGGGUCCUCACAGGCCAACAAGACCAAGAUCCCACGCUCUGCAUCCAAGACCUCCUUGGGGUCUGUCAUUUCUCUCCGCAGCUGGGCUGAAUUAUCUGCAGGUGAUGCCCCCAGUGGCAGUUGGUCUUCUGGAAAAGCAGCCUCCCUCUCCCUUCAAGAGGAUGCUCAAAUAUUGCAACCAUACCAGGACAGGGUGAGGUCCAGGCAUCUUCACCAGAAGCCCUACUCCUAUCCCCAUGUCAACUUUGACCUACAUCUGAAGGAGCAGAAAAGGCAGCCAGCAAGAGCCACACUCUGGUCUAGUUCCAUGACCAGGUUGGUCCCUGGUGCUGCUCCCUCCUUGCAGCACAUCAGGCCGAGCAAAGGAAGGCCUAGCCACCUGCAGAGACACGGUCAGAGGGUUGGUUUUCUGGACUAUAAGCAACAGGAGCUGCUGGAAUGGCACAUCUACAGGAAGCAUCAAGCAAAGGUUACACCCCCAUCACGCUGGGCCUCCAGCACAGGAACCAGGCCAAAGUCUGCUGUUGCCAGUGGCCAGCACCGGGGCAGGUUGGGGCCUCAACAAUCUCUCCAGAAGUCUCACUCCUAUCCCCAUAGGGGAUUUUAUGGGACUCAAAAGUUGUUGGAGUGGAACAUUGAUGAGAAAUAUCGAGAGAAGCAUGCAACCUCAGCACAUCGGGUCUCUAACAGAGAAGGUAGGAACCAGCUUGACAUCACUCAUGUUCCAUACUGGAAUGAGGUGGAGCUCCACUCCUCUCAUCGAAAGCCACAUCCCUAUUCCCACAUUGAUGUUCAUCUGCACCAGAAAGAGCUACAGAAGCAAUGGGAAGGGCCCAUGCUCCAGUCUGACUCCAUGCGCAGGCUGAUCCCUGCCACGCCUUCCUUGCACCCUGCCAUCAGAGGCAAAGGCAGCCACCCCCAUGUUCAGAGCCAUAGAAGCAGGAUCAGUUUCCUCAGCUACAAAGAACAGGAGCUGCUGGAGUGGAACGUCCAUAAGAAAUGGCAGCAGAAGGACUCAGUACCAUUGCAACAGUCCUAUAGCUCUGAAGCCAAGAAGGCUGGUAUGGCUCGUGGAUAUCAACCACACUGGAUUGGGAUAGAGCUCCAACAUCCAUCCCAAAAGCCCUGCUCCUAUUCCUAUAUUGACUCCAGUUUAUGUGAGAAGGAGCUGCGCAGACAACACAAGAGACCCACACCUCAGUUUCAUCCCUUGUCCAAAGGGAUCCCCACUUCUGCCUCUUUGCAACCAACCAUCAAAAGCAAAGGCGGCAGCAGCCCAGCUCAUUUUCAGGGACAUGGGGACAGACUCAGUUUUCUGGGCUACAAGGAGCAGGAGCAGUUGGCUUGCCAAAUCUACGAGAAACAUGGGCAGAAGGAGGCAACACCAUCCCACCGGACCUCCAGCUCCAAAGCUCAAAGCCCAGCUGAUGUUGCUCAGAGUUGGCAGUCACACCGGGGCAGAGUGAGGCCCCAAAAGGUUCAUCAGAAACCCCACUCUUAUCCUCACGUGGGACUCUCUAAAGACCAGGUGUUUUAUGACUGGGAUGUCCACAAGAAGAAUAAUGUGCAAAAGAAUAAAGGACCAUCACGCCGGGCCUCCAGCACUGGUAGGGCAGGAACCACACGGCAGUUCGAUUCCAUGGCCAGAGUGAUCCCUGUUGCUCCUUCCUUGCAUGGUAAAGGUAAAGGCAGCCUUGCUCACCUUCAAGAACAUGGUAAUAGGACUGGUGUUUUGGGCGGCAAGGAGUGUGAAUUACUUGCCUACAAUGUUCACAAGAAAUCCCGAGAGAGGUCUGUGACCCCAUUGCACCAGACCUCUAGCAGAGAAGGGGGCACACCUAUGCUCCAGUCUGACCUCACAACUUCUCCUUCCUUCCACCCUGCUGGCAAAGGCAGAGACAGCCCUGCCCAUUUCCAGGGCUCUCACAGAGAAACUAGGGCCCAGAGCUUUGCUGAUAUCCCUUCAGGUGAGAUACUGCAGUGGAUAAGCAAGCAACGUCCCAAAGCUGCUAGCCCCAAGGACAAGCUUCUAGCCCCUUCCUUGCCUUUCAGCAUCAUGGAGUCGGUCGACAAGGAGCAGGCCAUGCGGGACCUGCACAUGUGCCUGGCUCAGGGGCUUGAGACGGGGCGUGGACGGCCCUAUGUUGAGUACCCUGUCUGUCUGCAAUGUGGCCGCUGCACCCCAUUUUGUCCACACCCUCGUUCACGGCACAGCCCAUCCCUUCUGGUCUAUCCCCGACUGAGUGUGCGCAAAGGCAAGGUCCACAUGAGCCUGGGCUUCCUCCUGAAGAUCAAGAGGCAUGAGGCUGACAGAUGGGGCCUGGGGUCUGGUGUGGAUGUCUCCAAGAUGAGGCUGGGCAGGGAACAUCACUCCAGGCGAGAUAGGAGUAAAGCAAUCACAGCGGAUACAGGAGCAGAGAGAGCACAGCACCAACAGAGAGGAGAGCACAGAAAGGGUCGGGAAACAGCACACCAGCAUCGGGGCCCAGAGAAAUCACGUUCCCCGAUUCGGCAGGACUCUGCAGAGGGGGUUUACCUGAAGAAUAGAGAUCAGGAUGUUCCUCCUGGCGUCCGGAGGGUCAGCUUUUCAGCUGCCGAUCGGCUGUCCCCAAAAUCAUCAAAGUCAGCCAUAAAGCCAUCAAAGCUGUCUAACCACCCACACUCUAACCCCCAAAGAAGCAAGCCAGCUCCCAAAGAAGCAAGGCCACACAAGGCCAAGUCCCACAAGAAGCACUCCACCAUUUUGGGACGGCUGCUUUCAUAUAUGAAGAAAACAUGGACUAAGCUAGGGGAGAGAAAAGGGAAGAAGCCACCCAGCAAGCAGGGCUCUGUGGCUUCUUCACAGAAACCGCACUUCUCCGGCCGCCAAACUGAUGGAGAAGUUUUGCUCAACCGGAAGUCUUCCUCUUCCAAGCAGGGACAUUCACAUGAUCACCGAAGCGUUUCCCUGCAGCUCCCAGAGGAUGAUGUUUCUCCACCUGCCAAGUCAAGGGAGAGUCACCAUCAAACAAAGUCACCGUCUUCUAAAAGGUCAAAGCAACUUUCUAGGAAACCUUCCAUGAUGCAGUUAAGGUCUUGACCCCAUGAAGGAAGACCUUCUCCGAGCAAACCAGUUGUCAGGGACAAAGUGUAAGGAAACCUUUCUUAGCUAAGCUUUUGCUUUCUGGGGAAGUGCUGUUAUCCAUCAUUCCCUUUUUCCCCUUUUCAUACCUGAAAGAUAUUUUAAUGCUCAAAGUGUGUAACAAUACAAACUGUCAUUUGUACAAAGGACACAAAAGAGUUAAGCACAGUUGUAAUGAACAGUGCUCCAUGUUUGAGAACCAUCAGCCAACUUCUAGUAUGAGCAGCUGAAACAAGUGAAAAGCACAUUUGCAAAACCAAAAAGUUGCUUAAAAAAACAGGCAAAGUACCAUGUUCUUGGGUUCUGUGAGGCCAAUUGUAAAUGAACACUGCAAACACAGUCACAAUGACUUCAGUAUCUGUACAUUAAAAUCAU